UGUCUAAACUACCCUCAAAUUUGUGUGCUUGAAGUUACUGCUGCCAGGUCGCAUCCACGUAGGGGGUUUCCCGGCGACGGUGGCACACGGCCCGACGACGAGGAUAGUAGUAUAACCUUCUCACCACUGUUCCACUUCGACCGCCUGAAAAUGGACUACAAGCAGAGGCUAUUUGCGGCGGCGAAGUGCGUCUACGCCGCAGACUCGCGCGUUUCUGACGAAGUGUGUGUUAGCUCCUCCGCCGACCUGGAGAUCACAGCGGUGCUCAAACCUCAUCAAGUCGAAGGCGUCUCGUGGCUUGUUCGGCGGUACCAUCUCGGAGUCAACGUUAUACUAGGGGACGAGAUGGGGCUGGGAAAGACUUUACAGGCAGUCUCCCUGUUGAGUUACCUGAAAGUAUGCCAAAAGUCUCCUGGGCAGUUCUUGGUGCUAUGUCCUCUCAGUGUGAUUGAUGGUUGGGUGUCUGAAGUGGCUAAUUUUGCUCCAAAAUUGAGAGUUCUUAGUUAUGUAGGAGAAAAAGAACAUAGAAGGAAAUUGCGUAGGGAAAUGCAUGAGUAUGUAAAAGAGCAGCCAUUGUCAUCUCAUGUCCCAGCAUUGCCAUUUGAUGUUCUCUUGACAACUUAUGACAUAGCUCUGAUUGAUCAGGAUUUUCUCUCUCAGUUCGUCUGGGAUUAUGCUAUAAUUGAUGAAGCGCAGAGGCUUAAAAACCCUUCCAGUGUCUUAUAUGAGGUGUUAGAAAAGCGGUUUGUCAUUCCAAGAAAAUUGCUGAUGACAGGAACACCUGUACAAAACAAUCUGACGGAACUCUGGGCACUCAUGCAUUUCUGUAUGCCUAAGAUCUUUGGAACAAUAGAACAGUUUCUUUUUGCAUUCAAGGAAGCUGGAGAUACUUCAUGUCGUGAUUCACAGAAAGUGAUAGAGCAAUAUAAGAUUUUGAAAUAUGUGCUAGGAGCGUUCAUGCUUCGGAGGACCAAAUCUAAACUUACUGAAUCUGGAAUUCUGUCACUUCCCCCUGUUACCGAAAUAACUGUAGUGGCAUCUCUGUCUUCACUUCAAAAGAAGGUGUAUAUGUCAAUAUUGAGGAAGGAACUUUCAAAGCUGCUUGCACUUGCUUCUGGAACUUCCAAUGCUCAGUCGUUGCAUAAUAUUGUAAUUCAGCUUCGGAAAGCAUGUAGUCACCCAUAUCUUUUUCCAGGUAUUGAGCCUGAGCCAUAUGAGGAGGGGGAGCACCUAAUUCAGUGCAGUGGUAAACUUUUGAUCUUAGAUCAACUACUUCAGAAGCUGCACAAUUCCGGGCAUCGAAUUCUGUUGUUUGCUCAGAUGACUCAUACACUCGAUAUAUUGCAGGACUUCUUGGAGCUGAGAAAAUAUACGUACGAGCGCCUUGAUGGUUCAAUUCGAGCAGAGGAACGUUUUGCUGCUAUUAGAAGUUUCGGCCUGAAAACUGUCCCAAAUAAUGCGCAUGCAGAUGCUUUUCAGAAUAGUCCAUUUGUUUUUUUGAUUUCCACCCGUGCUGGUGGUGUGGGGUUAAAUCUUGUGGCUGCUGAUACAGUCAUAUUUUAUGAGCAAGAUUGGAAUCCCCAAGUGGAUAAACAGGCUCUUCAACGUGCACACAGGAUUGGUCAAGCUAAACAUGUUUUGUCAAUAAAUUUGGUUACAGGACGCACAGUUGAGGAGGUUAUUAUGCGUAGAGCUGAAAGGAAGUUACGGCUGAGCCGUAAUGUUAUAGGAGAUGAUGUCUUGGAUAAUAUCGGAAGUGAUAUUGAAAGAGCUGAUUCUGGUGAUUUGAAAUCGGUUAUGUAUGGGCUACAUUGUUUUGAUCCUUCUGAUAUGAAUAUAGAAAAAUCAGAUGAUCAAUUGGAUGAAGAUGGAGUGGUUGGUUUGGCUGAGAAGGUUGUUGCAUCCCGCCAUAGGUUGCAAACUGAUGUGGGUGACAGGAAGUUUGAGAUCAAUCCAAUGGAUCGAGUUAAUAGUCAUGAUAUAUUCAUGCAAAAGGAUUCUGAGUAUAUCGACUUAAACCCUGACCUUGAUGAGGCUUCAUACAGGUCAUGGGUUGAUAUGUUUAAGCAAUCCUCACCAGCAAAUGACAGUGAUAUACUGAAAAUUGGAAAUGGAAGACGCACACUGGAUGAGAAACAUCUUAAAGCUGAUGCUGCCCGUAAGAAAGCGGAGGAAAAUAAGCUCUCUAAAUGGGAAGCUCUAGGAUAUCAUUCUUUGGCUGUCCGCACUCUUGCCAACCCAACCAAUCAGGAUGUGAUGUCAGAUUCAGGCUCAGUUGCUUUUGUUUAUGGGGAUUGCACAGACACUUCAGCCGUCUGUCCUUCUGAACCUACUAUUAUAUUCAGCUGUGUAGAUGAUUCUGGAAAUUGGGGUCAUGGAGGCAUGUUUGAUGCAUUGGGUAGGGUUUCAGCUGCUGUUCCGGCUGCGUACGAGCGAGCUUCAGAAUUUGGGGAUCUACAUAUGGGUGACUUGCAUCUAAUAGAUAUUAGUGAACAACAGGGGAACCUGAGAAAUACAUCCCAGUGGGUGGCUUUGGCAGUUGUACAAUCAUAUAAUCCCCGACGGAAAGUACCUCGCAGCAGUAUCUCAAUUGAUGAUUUGGAAGUUUGCCUUGAAAAAGCAUCAUCUUGUGGUGCUCAAAAUUCUGCUUCGAUCCACAUGCCGCGAAUUAAUUACCAGGAUAGUUCAGACCGGUCCGAAUGGUAUACUGUGGAACGACUUCUACGGAAAUAUGCAGCCUUGUAUGGCAUAAAAAUUUAUGUAUAUUACUUCCGACGUGGUGCAUCAAGCUAAACAUCUGAAGGUGUUGUAUUGUUAUGCACUUUGGGUUUAUUUGCAGUUGCAAGUGUUUUUAUUAUUAUUACUAUUUUUCAUUUUUUUUGAUUUUUUUGUUGUGUAGGUAUAAAAUAAACAAUAUUAUAUUCCUUUUGCCCAGUUUUGUACAGUUGUGAUUGACUAGAUUUGAGAUUUGUUUGUUCAACUUUUAGAUAU